AAGCUUUGCCUUCUCUCUCCUUCAUAAGUCGAUCUCGUCGUCCCGAUUUCCUAGGGUUUCUUCUGCUUCGAAACCUAAACCUAGCUCUACAUCUGCGGGUAUCAAAGCCCCUUUCAAUUCUUGGAAUUGCACUAGUAGUUGUGGUGGUGGUGCGGUACUAUGGCAUCGGCGGCGGCAGCUACGGCGCUGAGCUCGGCGGGAGGGCUGCUGGCGAUGCUGAAUGAGAGCCACCCCUUGCUGAAGCUUCACGCUCUCUCCAAUCUCAACGCUUACGUUGACUACUUCUGGCCGGAGAUCUCCACUAGUGUUCCCAUCAUAGAAAGCUUAUAUGAAGAUGAGGAGUUCGACCAACGACAACUUGCUGCUUUGCUUGUUUCAAAGGUCUUUUACUACUUGGGUGAACUUAAUGACUCGUUGUCUUAUGCUCUUGGAGCUGGUUCAAUGUUUGAUGUUUCUGAGGAUUCAGAUUAUGUUCACACCCUGCUUGCUAAAGCUAUUGAUGAAUAUGCCAGUCUCAAGUCAAAGGCAGCUGAGUCAAAUGAUGACGCACCCAAAGUGGAUUCUCGGUUGGAGGGAAUUGUAGAGAGAAUGUUGGAUAAGUGUAUACUAGAUGGGAAGUUUCAACAAGCUAUUGGGAUGGCAAUUGAAUGCCGAAGGUUGGAUAAACUUGAGGAAGCAAUUACAAGGAGUGAUAAUAUUCAGGCAACACUAUCAUACUGCAUUAAUGUUUCUCAUUCCUUUGUUAAUCUAAGAGAAUAUCGCCGUGAGGUGCUCCGUCUUCUUGUUAAAGUAUACCAGACACUGCCAUCUCCUGAUUAUUUGAGCAUUUGUCAAUGCCUCAUGUUUCUGGAUGAACCAGAGGGGGUUGCAAGCAUCUUGGAAAAGCUUCUUCGAUCUGAAAACAAGGAUGAUGCUCUUCUGGCAUUUCAAGUAGCUUUUGAUCUUGUUGAAAAUGAGCACCAAGCUUUUCUCUUGAAUGUGAGAAAUCUGCUCUCUAAUGCUAAGUCUCAGCUACUGAAACCUGCACAGCAAGGAUCUGCUGCACCAGAGUCUGGUCUAAAUGGAAAUGUUACCGGAUCUGAGGAUGAUGUUCAGAUGACUGAUGAAAGCCAGCGUAGUGGGAACCCUCAAGAAGAUCCAAAGGAAGCAACUUAUGCUGAAAGGUUAACAAAAAUCAAAGGAAUUUUGUCUGGAGAGACUUCAAUACAGCUGACUUUGCAAUUUUUGUACAGCCAUAAUAAGUCAGAUCUUCUAAUUCUUAAGACUAUAAAGCAAUCUGUGGAGAUGAGAAAUAGUGUCUGCCACAGUGCAACAAUAUAUGCUAAUGCAAUUAUGCAUGCUGGGACAACUGUGGACACAUUUCUUAGGGAAAAUCUGGAUUGGCUAAGUAGAGCUACGAAUUGGGCUAAGUUCAGUGCAACAGCAGGAUUAGGUGUUAUUCACAGAGGCCACCUGCAACAGGGCAGAUCAUUAAUGGCCCCAUACUUGCCACAGAGUGGGGCUGGUGGCGGCGGCAGUCCAUACUCUGAAGGUGGUGCUCUCUAUGCUUUAGGCUUGAUUCAUGCAAACCAUGGCGAGGGUAUUAAGCCAUUUCUUCGUGAUAGCUUACGAAGCUCCAAUGUUGAGGUUAUUCAGCAUGGUGCUUGCCUAGGUCUUGGGUUGGCGGCUCUUGGCACUGCUGAUGAAGAUAUCUACGAUGAGAUAAAAAGCGUGCUUUACACAGACAGUGCUGUUGCUGGAGAAGCUGCUGGUAUCAGUAUGGGCUUACUGAUGGUUGGAACUGCAAGUGAAAAGGCAAGUGAAAUGCUUGUUUAUGCACAUGAGACGCAGCAUGAAAAAAUCAUCAGGGGUUUGGCAUUGGGGAUAGCCCUCACUGUCUAUGGAAGAGAAGAAGAAGCAGAUACUCUGAUUGAGCAGAUGACUAGGGAUCAAGAUCCUAUUAUACGUUAUGGUGGCAUGUAUGCAUUGGCACUGGCAUACAGGGGAACAGCAAACAAUAAGGCGAUCCGUCAACUGCUGCAUUUUGCUGUAUCAGAUGUGAGUGAUGAUGUCAGGCGGACAGCUGUUCUGGCACUUGGGUUUGUCCUUUACUCAGAACCAGAACAGACUCCUCGCAUUGUCUCCCUCCUGUCUGAAUCUUACAACCCACACGUUCGGUAUGGAGCAGCACUAGCAGUUGGCAUUUCUUGUGCGGGUACUGGUCUGAGUGAGGCAAUAUCCUUGCUAGAACCUUUGACAUCAGAUGUGGUUGAUUUUGUUCGUCAGGGGGCUCUAAUUGCAAUGGCUAUGGUAAUGGUUCAGAUCGGUGAAGCUAGUGAUUCUCGUGUUGGAGCAUUCAGGCGGCAGUUGGAGAAAAUAAUCUUGGAUAAGCAUGAGGACACCAUGAGCAAGAUGGGAGCAAUUCUGGCCUCUGGAAUACUUGAUGCUGGUGGAAGGAAUGUGACGAUAAAGCUGCUUUCCAAGACGAAACAUGAUAAGAUCACUGCAGUAGUUGGUUUAGCUGUUUUCAGCCAAUUUUGGUAUUGGUAUCCACUAAUCUACUUCAUUAGCUUGUCAUUCUCGCCCACAGCCUUUAUUGGGCUAAACUAUGACUUGAAGGUUCCAAAAUUCGAGUUCUUAUCUCAUGCAAAACCAUCUUUAUUUGAGUAUCCUCGGCCAAUUACUGUACCGGCCACUACCUCAACCGUGAAACUUCCCACCGCGGUUUUGUCAACAUCAGCAAGAGUAAAGGCUAGGGCUAGUAAGAAAGAGGCAGAACAGAAAGCUAUUGCUGAAAAAUUAACUGGUUCAGAGUCGUCUUCUGCAGGGCCAAAUACUGGCAAAGGCAAAUCUUCUGGUGAUAAGAAUGCAGAUCCUAUGCAGGUUGAUAAUGCAGCAGAGAAGAAGGCAGAGCCUGAACCAUCAUUUGAGAUUUUGACCAACCCUGCCAGGGUGGUUCCUGCUCAGGAGAAGUUCAUUAAAUUUAUGGAAGAAAGCAGAUAUAUCCCCGUUAAGUCAUCGCCUUCAGGAUUCGUCCUCUUAAAAGACAUUCGCCCCGCUGAGCCUGAAGUUUUGUCUCUCACCGAUGCACCCUCAUCAACUGGAUCAGCUGCCGGUGGCUCAACAACUGGACAACAGGGUUCAGCAUCAGCCAUGGCCGUCGACGAGGAGCCUCAGCCACCUCAACCUUUCGAAUACACCUCAUGAUUCCAGUCCUGAACCAGUACUUUGUUUGGGCUGAGCGUACGAACUGUGGCCUUUUAUUGCUGAACACGAUCAAAUCACCCACCUACGGGUAACCCUUCAUUUAUCCGGCAGCUGUUUUCAAGAGGAAGACCGAACUGCCAUUGCCUGUGGCUCAAAUUCGGCUCGUCGUCCAUCUGGUGAAGCAAGCCCUGUUUGCUGCUGUAACUUUGUCUUGCAGUGGCUGCCAUGGUGAAAAACAUAUAUGUUUCUGAAGUUGCUCCUACGUAUUUUAGGUCGUAAGGUAGAUUGCAGUCAACCAACAAUCUUAUGCUCUCUCUCUCUCUCUCUCUCUCUCUCUCUCUCUCUGUGACACUGGGAUAGAAAGUGUGUUUAAUUUUGCUCUCUGACGCUGGGAUAGAAAGUGUGGUUAAUGGGUUUAUGUUUACGAGAAACUAAAUUAGGCUUUUUGAGUUCUGUUUCACGAAAGUUCUAUCUGAGUGACUGCUUCACUA